AUGGCAUCGGUCCUGGGGACCAGCAGAGGGUCCGGAGGGCUAAGCAGUCAACUCAGAUGCAAGUCCAAGAGGAGAAGGAGGAGGAGGUCCAAGAGAAAAGACAAAGUAAGCAUGUUGUCAGCAUUCAUCGCUCCCUUCAAGCACUUAAGCCCCGGGGCCACAAUCGUGGAAGAUGAAGACAAUCUAAGUACCAGCAGCACAGAGGUGAAGGAGAACCGUAAUGUGAGCAACCUGGAGGCAAGGCCACUGCCCCCCACUGACAAGGCCCGUGGAGUGCCGGGGAUGAAAAGGAAAAGGCCCUUAGAGGAGGGGAAUGGCAGCCACUUCUGCAAACUGCAGUUAAUCUGGAAGAAGCUCUCAUGGUCUAUGACACCAAAGAACGCACUGGUCCAGCUGCAUGAGCUGAAGCCGGACCUGCAGUACCGGAUGGUGUCCCAAACAGGCCCAGUGCAUGCCCCUGUCUUCGCUGUGGCUGUGGAAGUGAAUGGGCUCACAUUUGAGGGCACGGGGCCCACCAAAAAGAAAGCCAAGAUGCGGGCGGCGGAGCUGGCCCUCAAGUCUUUCGUGCAGUUCCCCAAUGCCUGCCAGGCCCACCUGGCCUUGGGCAGUGGGCCCAGCCCAUCCACAGACUUCACCUCUGACCAAGCCGACUUCCCCGACACACUCUUCAAGGAAUUUGAACCAUCAGCACCCAGAGAGGACUUCCCCGGGCGCUGCCCGGUUGACCCUGAGCUGCUGUCCACUGCCUACCGGAGAGGCCGGCUGCUCUGCCACACGCUGGACCUGGUGGGCCAGGCCCGGCCAAACAGACCCAGGCCGGCACCUGUGACCCCAGGCGAGAGGAACCCAGUGGUGGUGUUGAACGAGCUGCGCUCAGGCCUACGCUAUGUGUGCCUCUCGGAGACAGCCGAGAGACAGCGGGCCAAGAGUUUUGUCAUGGCUGUGUGCGUGGACGGGAGGACGUUUGAAGGCUCAGGACGCAGCAAGAAGCUGGCCAAAGGCCAGGCGGCACAGGCCGCCCUGCAGGCCCUCUUCAACAUCCGGCUGCCCGGCCACGUCCCCAGCAGGAGUAAAAGUCACCUCUUGCCCCAGGAAUUCGCAGACUCCGUGUCCCAACUGGUCACGCAGAAGUUCCGCGAGCUGACGGUAGGCCUGACGUCUGUACAUCGCCGCCACAAGGCCCUAGCAGGCAUCGUCAUGACCAGAGGCUUGGACGUCAGGCAAGCCCAAGUGGUCGUCCUGUCCUCGGGCACCAAGUGCAUCAGCGGAGAGUACAUCAAUGACCAGGGGCUGGUGGUCAACGAUGGCCACGCAGAGGUCAUGGCCAGGAGAGCACUGGUUCACUUCCUGUACGCACAGCUAGAGCUACACCUGAGCAAGCGGAGAGAGGACUCAGAGUGCUCCAUAUUUGUGCGGCUAAAGGAGGGGGGCUACAGGCUGAGAGAGAACAUCCUGUUCCACCUCUACGUGAGCACAUCCCCCUGCGGAGACGCCAGGCUCAACUCGCCCUACGAGAUCACAACAGACCUGAACAGCAGCAAACAUAUCGUCAGGAAGUUCCGUGGGCACCUGCGCACGAAGAUUGAGUCUGGGGAGGGGACAGUGCCCGUGCGGGGCCCCAGCGCGGUCCAGACCUGGGACGGUGUCCUACUGGGCGAGCAGCUCGUCACCAUGUCCUGCACAGACAAGAUAGCCAGGUGGAAUGUGCUGGGGCUGCAAGGCGCUCUCCUCUGCCACUUCAUCGAGCCUGUGUACCUGCACAGCAUCAUCGUGGGCAGUCUGCACCACACCGGCCACCUGUCCCGGGUCAUGAGCCACAGGACAGAGGAUAUCGGCCAGCUGCCAACCUCGUACCGGCACAACCGGCCUCUCCUCAGUGGAGUGAGCAAUGCUGAGGCGCGCCAGCCAGGAAAAUCUCCCCACUUCAGCGUCAACUGGGUGGUGGGCACCGCCGACGUGGAAAUUCUGGACGCCACCACCGGCAAGAGACGCUGCGGGAGCUCGUCCAGGCUCUGCAAGCACGUUUUCUCCGCUCGCUGGGCACGGCUCUACGGGAAGCUGAGCACACGGAUACCAAGCCCCGGAGAUACACCGUCCAUGUACUGUGAGGCCAAGCUGGGAGCCCGCACCUACCAGUCUGUGAAACAGCAGCUCUUCAGAGCAUUUCAGAAGGCUGGUCUGGGCACGUGGGUGAGGAAGCCGCCUGAGCAGGACCAGUUUCUACUAACUCUAUGA